AUGUCCGAUGUUCAGAUGCUUGAUACAGAUACGCUUACCUGGACAAAGUUCAUAACCGAUGUCGAGCUAUUGCCACCUAGAGCUGGUCAUACAACCGUUGUAUUUGGAGGUUUUACUGACGCUGGAGAUCUUUAUGAUGACUUAUAUAUGUUUGAUCUUGAAACGUUUAGAUGGACCAAGGUUAUUACUUUAGGAGUGGGCCCAUCUGCCAGAUUUUCUAUGGCAGGAAGCACUUUGCAUCCACAGCAUGGAGGCGUUCUUAUAUUCAUGGGAGGCUGCAAUAAGAGUCUCGAGGCACUUGAUGACAUGUUCUACCUACACGCAGACUGCUUCAGUUGGACAUGCCUAAGCUUUCAAGGCACAGGUGAUCAUACCUUUGAAGUUUCCUUAAGUUUUUCCACUUUAAGUUUGUGUAUCUUGAUAAAAAUUAGUUCGUUACUUUAUGGUCAUCAAAUGGAAGCCUCUGUAAGUUGUGAAGUUCAAAUGGCAUCCUGGUGCCAUGAAUGGAUCGAAAGGUUAAACGUGAUUAUCCAAGAUAUAGCGAAAGAAAAAGAAGAAGAAAAAGAAAAAGAAAGGUUGAAUGAUAUUAUUGCAGGAUUGGUGGUGGAAAAAGAGAAACAUAAGGCGGAGAAAGAGGCUAUGAAUGAAAGAAUGGCAAACAUUGAAGCAAUGCUAAAGGCUAGGUUUCAAAACGUAUAA